CGCUACUCAUCCUCUCUCCGUCUCUCGUUUGCGCGCACACACAGAGAGAGGGAUAAAACCAUCUGCAAACCCUACUAAGAUAAUUUAACCUAUCUUUCCUCUUUAUUGUUAACCUAAUUCCAGCUCUGUGUGUAGACUUGUGUACAUUUUGUUGAGGUUUAACUGGAAUAAUAUACUAAUCUAUUGAUUUAAUUGAAAUGGGCGAUCGAUUUUACGAUGAUUUGGAAAUCGCGCUGUCGUCUUACUCGUUACCGAGCACCGAUGAUUAUUACAACGAAGAGCACGGGGAAAUAGAAGAGGAGUACGAGGAGGAAGGAGACAAUUAUGUGGAAAUUGACGAGAAAUCGGAAGAAUUGGCUUGCCCCUUUUGUACCGAUGAUUUUGAUGUUCUGGGUUUGUGUUGCCACAUUGAUGCCGACCACCGCAUGGAGGUUAAACCAGGGAUAUGUCCAGUUUGUGCUACAAAGGAGACUCUCAGUGUAGGUCCUUCCUCUAAUUCGGCAUCUGAUUCUAUGCUGUUGUCAUUUGUCAAUAAUCCACAAAUGACUGGCAAAAAAAGCCAAAGCGUGGAAGCUUCUCAUACAAAUAAUGCAAGCUUGCCUGCAACAAGUUCGACAGAUGAUUAUAUAGAAAAGAGCAAACCACAAUCGCUGCCAACUGAUGUGGAUAACGAGAAGGCGAGAAGGUGCGAGUUUUUGCAGGGUUUACUCUUAACCGCAAUUCUGGACGACUUAUAAACAGAUUCGAUGUCAAAUCAUCGAUCGAUGAAAGAGGGUGUUUUCUGAACUUUUGGUUUCACCAAUAAAUUUAGCCAAAAAUGUAAUGCUGCUAGUCUUCAUUCAUGUGGUCUUGUUCAUCAACUGUGUCUGUAUAUAUAGUGAUGAUGAUCGAUUGUCAAGUUGUAUUGUGAUCUAUUCAUUAUUUGCGUAGGAAUGAUUUGUUGGGACACAUUUUUCUUCAGUUACAUAUAUUUAUUUGUUAUUUUGGUUGGCUUACCAUUGAUAUGAUUGAUUAGUUUAGCAAGAGAGAAGUAUAUACAUCAAUAUUUGAGUUCAGUUUGUUGAAACACAGAACUUCUGAAUCGGAUGAAGUCAAGUGAAGGUCAUCUGUGCUGAUUGAAAAUAGAUAAAAUUGUUACUUUCU